AUGGCGUCACGCGGGCACCCGUCGCCGUGCGUCACGGCGGGGGACUGGGCCUUCCUGCAGUCGCGGCACACGCUGACGGACGGGGCGGCUGCGGCGGACGCGAGGGUGGUGCGCAACGCGAUAGUGGCGAGCAACGCGUGCAACGUGGGGCUGCUGGCGGCGCAGCUGUUCGUGUUGACGGCGAGCGCGUCGCUGGCGAUCUUGGCGGUGUUCAUCGACGCGCUGCUGGACACGGUGUCCGGGGCGGUGCUGGCGGCGACGUGGUACUGGAAGGGGCAGCGCGACCCGGCGCGGUACCCCGUGGGGCGGUCGCGCCUGGAGCCGCUGGGCGUGAUCGCCAUGGCGUGCCUGAUGACGGCGGCGACGCUGCUGGCGCUGGAGAAGUCGGUGGGCGCGCUGGUCGAGGGCGCGCCGAGCGAGGCGCUGAGCGGGCUAUCCGUGGGCACGGGCGCCGUGCUGGUGGGCGCGAUGGCGAUCAAGGUGGGGCUGUAUUGGUACUGCGCGGGGGUGCCGGAUGCGUCCGUGCGGGCGCUGGCCGAGGACCAUUUCAACGACUUGAUGUCCAACGCCGUGGGGCUGUGCACGGUGUUGGUGGCGCAGCACGUGGCGUGGUGGGUGGACCCCGCGGGCGGGGUGGUCAUCUCGUGCUGGAUUAUUCACAACUGGGUCGUGCACACGCUGGAGCACUUUGACCAGCUGCUGGGCAAGGCGGCGGGGCCGGACGUGAUCAACUUGCUGACUUUCAUGGCCUGCAAUCACCACCCGGCCGUGGUGGUGGUGGACACGGUGAGAGGGUACCACGUCGGGCACGGGGUUUACGUGGAGGUGGACAUCGUGCUGCCGCCGGACAUGCCGCUGUACAAGGCGCACGAUAUCGCGGAGAGCCUGCAGAGAAGGAUAGAAAUGGUGGACGAGGUGGAGCGGUGCUUCGUGCACAGCGACACCGAGACGCGGCACUCGCCGCACUGGGAGCACAAACAGGUGUGA